GCCGAUGUCCAGUCAGUGAUAAUGGUCAGUAGGAAGGUGAAAGGGUAGUUAGUAAGUGACCACUGCUGUAAUAAUCGCUGUCCGGAGGCUAACUGACCACCUGAGAGAAAGUGCUGCUCGAAAAGAAAACUUUUAAUUUGGACUUUACUUGCUUGGCUGCACUUAGAUACUAAAAAAAAAGAUUGGUGACUUUAGCCAUUUCUAUUUGGAAUUUAAUGGACUUUAGAAGGAAAACAAAUUUGGUGACUUUUGAGAAAAAAUUAGAUUAGUUUGUGUACAGUUAAAAUCGCAAUUCCAAACCUCUCUGGGGACAUUAAGGAAAUUUAUUUUUUUAAAUAAUGUCUUAUACAAAUUUUGUCAUAGCAUUGUUUUGUCAAAAAUAACUUUUUAAAGAAUAUACAAACUUACGAAAGAAACAACUAAAAGUUAAAAUGGAUGCCUGUGUGUUAAUUCCGGAGGAGUUUGGCCUAGUCCUAACGCUGCAUCCGAACCCACAAAAUGUUUUGGAGAUGUUCGUCGACAUUUGGAGUAAUGUGCACAUACCAUCAGGAACGACAUUCCGUCCGGAUCAGGGCAGCGUCCGACUCGACAAGUUAGAAAUCUACACCAAACUCGAUUCCUGUGAUAUACGAUACAAGUUCGGCUGUUACGAUGAAAUCAUCGAUGUGGAGGAAGCGUCCGUCCGUCAUUGUAACUGGAUUCGUUUUGUCAAAUCUUCAUCAAACGUCGACGACGUCAACUUUGUGGCGGUGAUCAUCAAGGGCGAGCCAGUGUUCCAGGCGAUCAAACACGUGACUCCAAAUGAUCCAAUUAUCGUCUUCUUUGAUGCUGAAGAGGAAGCUACGAAACCGAAACCGGAAGUGGUGUCACAGGAAAUACCGGAACAAGAACAAUCACCGGAAAUCGUUCCAAAAGAGGACAGAAAAGAAUUGAUAUCGCCGAUGUCCCUGGACACGAGUGCAAUGUUCACGUCACCAAUCACACGGGAGGAUGAUUGUCGGUCAAGUCUGAGUGACGUCAUGAGUGAACAGGAAAGCGAUAAAUCAGAUCAGACAAAAAGCGAAUCUGACACCACUACCAACAGCAGUCCAGAACAGCUAGGCCUAGUGACGUCACGGAUCGGCAAGCGGAACCGCGAAAGGACAUGGCUGCCGUGUGAGGUUUGCGGGAAGAAGUUCGACAGACCGUCACUACUGAAACGACACAUGCGUGUACAUACAGGUGAGAAGCCCCACGCGUGCGAUGUGUGCGGUAAGGCCUUUUCCACGUCCAGCUCACUAAACACACACAGACGUAUACACAGCGGAGAAAAACCUCAUCAAUGUAAAAUCUGCGGCAAACGUUUUACCGCCAGCUCCAACCUCUACUACCACCGGAUGACGCACAAUAAGGAGAAACCCCACAAGUGUACUUUGUGCUCCAAAUCAUUCCCCCCCGGGGACCUCCGAAGUCACAUGUACGUCCACAACGGUUCCUGGCCAUUCAAAUGUGACAUAUGUAACAGAGGAUUCAGUAAACAAACAAACCUUAAAAACCACCAACUACUACACUCAGGUGACAAACCACACGAGUGUUACCUUUGUGCCAAGAAGUUUGCUCUCCAGUGUAAUCUCAAGACCCACAUGAAAACUCAUGAAAAUGAUACACAAGAUGAGUGUGUACGGUGCGGAAAAGCCUUUCUAGGAUCCAGCACAUCGCCCACUCGGCAAUGUUCGGAAUGUAUGAAACCGGAAAAUGCCGAAAAUAGCCGAAAAGUGCGCAAACAGUCAUCCGAUUUCAGUAUAUCAAGACUUACACAGUCAACACCAAAACGUUCAUUAGACUCAGAUCCAAGGACACUUUCACAAGACUUCCCAAGAGAGCCGUUAGGGAGUCCAUCGUUUGACAGAUCGCCACCAUUCUACUCCCCAAAACUGAUGUCAUUUCCUGUAUCUGCGCACGCAGCACUGUCGCCGAUCUCGCCACAAAACGUCUUGUCACCCCGACAUCGUGGAUUCUCCCCGAUUGUUGUCCGCCAUUCUAGUCUGUUGAGCCCGUCCAAUGAACACAUGAACAUGUUUGGUAUCCAUACUGACCAGAGACAUAGUUACGGAAGUGACGUCAUACCUCAUAGGCCAUUCUGGACCGGAAGUCUAACCCAUGGAUAUUGAAAACGAUCUGCUAAACAUUGUAUGUGACUGUGGAUUCUAGUCAGAAUCGAUUAAGCCUCACUGUCAUUCAGACUCUUGUGUGUUAUAAACCUAGUCUCGUUAAGGACGAUAUUUUGAUGAACACUUUUGCGGUCUUUGUUCCUGAUUAACUGGAACUAUUUAACAUUGAUUACGUGAUAAGAAGCGAGGACUCUAUUUUUAAAGAAUAUAUUCCGUGUUUUGUAUUGUAUGACAUGGCAAUCCUAGGUCGAGUAUAUCUAUUGUUCGACGCUACGACAAUAUCAAGUGUACCGUUUUUAUGACGUCAUAACGGUAUGGUAGUCUCAAUUGACUUAUUGUAUGUCGUCACGGUUGCCCCAAGUGACUUAUUGUAUGACGUCAUGAUAUUCCUCGGUGUAUUUCUUUGACACAAGAGGAGCUGUGCACACCUUACGCAAAUAUUUGUACAUAGUUCCAAAUUCGACUUCGCAACAAUUGCAUUUAGUCAUGUGAUGUGUAUAGACCACGCCCAACUGUGAUUUGAUGAAGUGUGAAUAUUUUUUUGAUGUGCUUAAGAUGUCGGCCAAACUUUAUGUUGUAAUCUAUCUCGUAUCUCUCCUUUUCUGUCUCUUCUUACUAAACUUUUCUUUGUCUUUUGUAAAUAUCAAUUUCUCGAUCCGUCCAUUCCUCGACUUCGUAUUUUGUCUCUUUCGCUUUAACCACAAAUAUCUCUUGUCGUGAGGUGCCUCUCGGUUAGCCAGGAGGAAGAAUAUGCAAAAUACAAUGAACAUAUCACGUGAUCAUAUUACAUAUGAUCACAUGAUCAAAUCGCACACAUAUGACACAUGAUCAUAUGGACUCUACUGCAAUCCUGCACACACAUACACACACAUACACACAUACACACACAUACAUAUACGUGUAUAUGAAGGAAUCGUGCAAUACCCAUUGUAUGUUUCAAAGAAAACUUUAAAUAUUUGUGCAAUUUAUUUCCAGAUGUCGAUGUUUUAGAAUUCCAUGGACAUUGUUACAUGGUUUUCUCCCAUUGAAAUAAAUGAUAAAUGGACUGUUA